CAGAGGGGCGGGGCUUAUCCGGAUCUUCAACAUCCAGCCUACCGUCAUGCUUAUUGUGUAAAUCUUUAAAAAACAAUUAGCUGCAGCAGCGCUUAAACCUUCCGGAUCGCCUCGAUUAAUUGCAUAUUAUUGUCUUAACGGAACACGGUUUUUGUUUCCGCCAGGUGUGAUUUAAAAGCGGACGACAUCAACCAUGACCGACAGGAAGGCAGUGAUCAAGAACGCGGACAUGUCCGACGACAUGCAGCAGGACGCCGUGGACUGUGCCACCCAGGCCAUGGAGAAGUACAACAUAGAGAAGGACAUCGCUGCCUACAUCAAGAAGGAGUUUGACAAGAAGUAUAAUCCCACCUGGCACUGCAUCGUUGGGAGGAACUUCGGCAGCUACGUCACCCACGAGACGAAGCAUUUUAUUUAUUUUUAUCUGGGCCAAGUGGCCAUCUUACUCUUCAAGUCUGGCUGAUCAGUUUCUGGUGGGUAUUGAGGGAGUUUUUCCUUCCGGAACCUGAAUCUGAAAUGCACCGGUGGCUGAUGUCUCCCAUACACUAAUAACAUACCAUAACGAUGCAAAACCCGCCGUGCGCAGCUGCAUGGACUAUACACUAUAUAAUAUGUAUGUUACAGUAAGUUUACUUUCCAAUAGUUGCCAUUUGAAUGCAACUGAAGUUGUUUUUGUUGAAGCUGUUAAAUUCUAGGUUGUUCAUUUCAGCGUGGCCCUUGAUUGUAGGAUAAAGGAAAGCUGAAGAAUGUAGUGGUUCAUCUGCUUUCCUGGUUAGAUGUUUCCAUUUGAGAUGGUAAAAUCACACCACGGUCACCAGUUUGGGAAUUCAUUUUAACCCUUUUUUAGCGUCCGAUCUUAAAUUAUUUAAUGGAAAUUAACUUUUUUUUUU